AUGGCAUCCUCUCAAACUCCCCCUCAGCAACCCGAUGAACAGCUCCCUGAAGGGACCGCGGCUGAAUAUGGCACAUGCAGCCGCUGCCACAAGCGGAUGCCCAUCGCUGGGCUGACACGCAGCCCCUUUGAGAACGGGGAGACCAGGGUCAUGCAAUCGUGCAACGAAUGCGCCUGGAAGCUGUACAAUGGACGCGCGGAGGGGAAAUAUGGGGAAGACAAAACCCCGAAGUCAGACAGCAAGAGGGAGGUGCUUACCAAGGAGGGGUUCUUUUUGCGCUACGGAGGAGAGGUCAUCGAAGGGACCCUACAGCGGAAGAAGAAGGGUGAUGGGGAUGAUGACGGCAGUGGUGGUGGUGAUGGUGGCGGAGAUGAGGACGUGUCGGUGGGAAUGUAA